GUCGCGGUAAUGGCUUGCUAGGCAAGAUUUACUUUGUUUAUGCCGUGGUGUGGAGUUCAGUCGCUGUGUCUAGUGUUUAUGUAUGACAUUUGUAAAUAAAUGUACACGUUUUAAAAGACAGCCUUGGGUCUGGCUCUUAAUACCCAGGAGUUUAUCGCCGAUGGGGCUGAGUUGUAUGGACGAAUAAGGCGAUCGCCCACGGUGCCGUAGAAGGAUGAACUCCAUCGCCGGUCGGGAUCUCGCCGUGUCCGCUGGCGCUGUCAGCAGCAACCCGGGAGCCUCAUCCUCCAGAGUCCUACAUGUGGAGCUCAUAUCACAGCAGAGGCGGUUACGUCACUUGCGGAGUAUAGCUGCCCGUAACAUUGUGAACAAGAAUGGUUCUCCUCUGCUGGAUACUUACUUCACCCUUCACCUCUGCCAGGAGUAUCGGAUAUCACAAGAUUUUUAUAAGAGUGAAGUCAUCCGAGACUCAUUGAAUCCGACAUGGCGGAGUUUAGAUUUUGCCAUGCUGCCGGACCUCUUUGAUACAUCUGUGUCGUGUUUCGUGGUGAGAAUAUGGGGUGGAAGGGAAGAUCAGUACCAGCUGCUUAUUGAGUGGAAAGUCAACCUGGAUGGGCUCAGAUACACAGGACAACAGAUUCGUUCAAGAAACCCAAAUGAGAUCAUCUUUGGACUGAAUGAUGGCUACUAUGCAGCUGAGUUUGAUCAGAAGGAGAGUUCUGACAGGAAGAAGAACAGCUUGCUCCAGGUGGACCAGAGCUCGGUUAGGAACUCCUACAGUGUUUUCUCCCUGCUGAGACUGCAUACUGCACAGAGAGCUAUUAAGCAGACUCAGGUGACAGUUCAGAAGAUCGGCAAGGAAAUUGAAGAAAAACUGAGGACAACGGCAUCCUGUACAGAGAAGAAAAAAGAGAGGGAGUGUAUGCAGCUCCGGAUCGGGAAUCUGAGGUGUGAGUUGGAGAGACAGAGGAAGGCGCUGGCAAGAGAAAUGGACUUGCUUCACAAAGAGAGGGCACAGCUUCAAAAGAAUGAGGAGGUGUCGUCUACUAGGCACCAGGGACUGGAGUCUGAGCGCAAGUCUUUAACGGACUUGCAGAAAGAAUGCACUGCCAAAAGAGAGAUGUUUCUGAAGUCAAACGCACAGCUCACCUUCCGCUGUCGUCAGCUUAUAUCAGAACUGUCUUACAUUUAUCCCGUUGAUGUGAACAAUCAAAAUGAUUAUGUGAUUUGUGGUGUGAAACUGCCCAAUUCAGAAGACUUUCAAGCAAAGGAUGAUGGGAGUGUGGCGGUGGCUCUGGGGUACACGGCACACUUGGUGCUGAUGAUAUCGUACUUCCUGCAGAUUCCACUCAGGUAUCCGGUCAUCCACAAGGGUUCCCGCUCCUCCAUCAAAGACACCAUCACUGACAAACUCUCUGAGAAGGAAAGAGAGUUCCCCCUAUACCCCAGAGGAGAGCGUUUCCAGUUCGAAUAUGGGGUCUACUUGCUCAACAAAAACAUUGCCCAGUUGAGAUACCAGCAUGGGCUCUCCACGCCAGACCUUCGUCAGACUUUGCCCAAUUUGAAGAAUUUUCUAGAGCAUGGAUUGCUUGUACGAUGUGACAGGCACCAUGUCUCCAUGUCCAUCCCUGUCCCUCUGAAGUCUCAGCUCAGUGUCUCCACCGCAUCUGAAGUAGGCUUUCCAAACCAGAGCAGCCCCCCUGAAAAGGGUGUCCAGAAGCAGGCCAGAUCAGACAUAGACAAGGUGAAAUACAGAGACCCUCCACCCAGUUACAACACAGCCAUGGCUCAACCCAAUCCCAUGACCACUCCAGAGGUUCCCCCCGAGCCAUCUUCCACCUUGGUUGUGAGCAUGGGAGUAGCUGAGACUGAAGAGCCACAUGGGGAUGCAGAUGGGGAUGUAGAAGCAGAGGCUGCAAGCGAGGCACAUACUGAGCCAGUGGAGACAAAAGUGGAGAAGCCUCCGGAGGUACCUACAGACGUAGCAAGUUGUAUUGUACCUUCUGACUGUAUACCCAGCUCCUCCACUGGCCAGCAUCCAGGGGCAGUGAAUGGCUCGGCCAUGCCCAGUGAAGGUAUGGGACUGGGUGUUGUAGGUGGAGCGGAGCUGUACUGCUCUGUGGAGCAGGCGGAGGAAAUAAUGGGCACUGAAGCCACAGGGCUGGGAUUGGGACUAGGAUUAGGGUUGGGUUUAGGCGGAGGCGCUCGACUGGACGAUUACCCCUGCAUACCUGUGGAGCAAGCGGUGGCGGUCGAGUGCGACGAACAGGUUUUGGGGGAGUUUGACACGGCUGGGAUCGAAGAGGUCUCGCGACGCAUCUAUGCACUAGAGAACAUGUCCAGCUUCCGACGGCCUCGGAAGAACUCGGAAAAAUGAUACAUGGACCUGAAGAAACGGGUUGGAGGUCAAGGGUGAAAGGUGUCCAUGUAGGUCUGUAUGCCUGGUUAAUAUUUCACCCUGACUGCAACACUUAUAGACAUUACAUAAAGAAAUGUAUGAUUAUUAAUAUUAUUAUAAUAAUUAUUAAUAUUAAUAAGAAAUAAUAUGGAAUAAUGUCCAAUUUGCACUUCUCAAAACAUUUCUAUAAUCCUUUACAGUGAAAAUAAAGAGAAUGUUUGUGGUUGAAAUGCUUGCUGGCCGUCAUUCUGGGUGUGUGGUAGGCCUGUGUGUUUGGAUUUGGAGUCUUAAAUGCCACUCAGUAUUACAGCGGCAGCUCUGGCGCCAGGACCAACCUGAGAGCAAAAGGCGAUAUAUUUACCAGGCUCAGUGGCAAGAGAAAUGUCUGUCGGUCAGGGUGUGCAGAAAGGGCGAGGAAUUACCAUGCACCAAUGAUGCCCUUUCUCAUGCUGAACACAUGAGCCCUGCUUCCAAAACAUGAAAACCACAAAUGCAUGCACACUUAUUGCACAAAUCUCUUCGCUUUAUCUCAACAGUCUGAAAAAAAAUAUUGACCUUUGCAAAACCUUUACUCUCUGUGGUUUAUUCAUCCAUUAAAAUGAUAGUUCACCCAAAAAUGAAAGUAAUUUUAUUAUUUACUCACUCUCAUGAUAUUCAUCCCAGGUAUGUAUACUCUUUCUUCACUUGAACACAUUUGAAGAAAAGCAGAAAAAUAUCUUAGCUCAGUAGGUCCUUAAAAUGCAAGUGAGUGGUGAUUUCUCUUUUGAAGCUCCAAAAAUUACAGACAGUCAGCAUAAAUGUCAUCCAUAUGACACCAGCUGUUAAAUUAAUGUCUUAUAAAGCGACACGAUCGCUUUUGGUGCAAAAACGAUAAAUAUGUAAGUACUUUUUUUUUUUUUACUCUAAAUCAUGCUUCCGUUCUGUAGCACGUGAGAACUGAUGCACGUACGUCAAAGUUGGAAGAGCAGCGCUGUUUACAAGUGAGAAGGAGGAAAUCUGUACAGUAACUUGGUUGGUUUUGGUCUGUAUCUGUUUACUCACAAUGGUGCGUUUGUGUGCUUAUCCUGGAUGUCUCAACCGAGAGGAGAACGUGAGAUUACCUCUGUAUCAUGUCAAUGCGAAUACAUCACAAGAGAGACCACUUGGACUCCUCCCUCUCGUGACUCCUAAUGGAAGUGAUGGUUUAUAAAAAAAAUAGAAAAGUACUUAAAUAUUGAUCUUUUUCGCACCAAAAGUGAUAUCCACACUGGAAUGCCUUAUUCCUCCACCAAAUAAACUUUCAAAAACACUCCCAAUGUACCACAUACUUCAAAAAAACAAUGUCAUUAGGAAACUGAAAAUGGAGUUUUCAAACAAAAACAAAUUAGUGUGGAUGUGGCAUAAGUUCUAGGAAGAAAACAGUAGAAUCUCCGGUUGUUUUCUAAUAAUUAUGGAAAUUCUAUGUAAUUUAAUGCAGACUUUUUAUGAAAUCUAGAUUAGUGUGACCAUGGAGAACAGGCCCUUACAUGUUCAUGAAAAACAUCAUGGUUGCUGGGUCAUUUUUUCCAGAGUGAAUUUUUCUAUGAUUAUUCAGAUAUCAGAAACCAAAAUGCAAAUGAUGUGCACUGUAUACUGUUGAUUUAUGGCAUUAAUCCUCAUUGCAUUGCACAGACCUUUUAUCGGUGUCAUUUCCUCUUUAAACAACAUUCACCUGCCCACAGGGCUUUCAGGACAGAUGUGUUUUCCCUUACAGUUACAAUUUACACUUACUUACAGUACAAUUUCAGCUUUUUCUUUCUUUUUUCCCAUUUCUGCUUUUCAGACAUACUCAAGCUGCAGAUCCUACUGCAUAAGAAUUGGACCAUGAAUGUUAUAAUUACCAUGAUUUUGUCAGACUGCAACAUUGAUCAUUGAGUUUUGCAUAAUUCCAUCCUGGCCUGAAACCAUUGUUUUAUUUCCUGUCUCUUAUCUUGUAGUAUUGCCUUGAUGACUGUUGAUUUGUGUUGUAUUUAAGACCAAUGCAAGAAAUUUGUGUCCCUAUUGCUGUGACAUUGUACAUAUACUUUUGUAUGAAUGGUGUUUUAUUAUUAAA